AUGUCCAACUUUACUACAACGCCAGUGUCCAACGUGACAACUUCAACUGCAACUUCUGCUCCAGGAGAGACUAGCGGUAUUGUUAACAAUGCCUCGAAGGAUGAAGGCAUGGGCCUCGAGGCCUUCGCCGCUGCGCUGGUCACUGGUCUAGUUGUGUUCGGAAUCCAGAUCACCAUAUUUUUGCUCUUCAGGAAUAAGCUCGCUCGCAUAUAUAAGCCAAAAACCUUCCUUGUUCCCGAGCGAGAGCGGACUGAACCGCCACCAGCGAGCCCUUGGUCCUUGGCGACCUCGCUCAUGAAGAUCAGCGACCGUGAACUCAUAAAAAAAUGCGGCCUUGACGCCUACUUUUUCCUGCGAUAUCUACGAAUGCUCCUGGUCAUAUUCAUACCCAUUGCGUUUAUCGUCAUCCCAAUACUCGUCCCAAUCAACUACGUCGACGGGCUCGGGCAGGAGGUUAUCCGCGAAGUAAACGACUCAUCCACCGUCCCCAGAGGCUUGGACACGUUGGCAUGGCCGAACCUGAAGCCUGAGAACCAUCGGCGUCGAUGGGCACAUCUCGUUCUGGCUCUGUGUGUCAUCGGUUGGGUCUGCUACAUAAUGUUCUUGGAGCUGCGGGUCUACAUCAAAGUACGCCAGGACUACCUCACCAGCGCAGAACACAGGCUGAGGGCCUCGGCAAAUACGGUGCUGGUCAGCUCCAUUCCGGAGAAGUGGCUUACCGAGGAUGGACUGAGGGGCUUAUUCGACGUGUUCCCAGGUGGCAUUAGGAAUAUCUGGAUCACGCGUGACUUUACAAAGCUCCUCGAAAAAGUCCGAAAGCGUGACGAAAUACAUGAUCAGCUCGAAGCUGCGCAGACUGAACUCAUUCGCGAUGCUAAGCGGAGAUAUCUGAAAAAGAGGCUUGCCGACGAAAAAAGGAGACAGGGUGUUAAGGGUCGUCAUCGCCCCACCAAAGAUGAGAUCCAGAAACGUCAGGAGGAGGAAGAUGCCGAAGCUCGCUUGCGCGCUCAGCAGGGUGGUAUCAGCGCAGGAACCCAUGAGGAGGUUCCUCAUAUUGAUACUGCGGUUGAACAAGACCAACGCCGGAAUAGUUAUGUGCCUCCGGACGAGGAUCAUGCCGAUGGAAGUUCUAAGGAAGCAAAGGGUCUAGGUCUCGGAUUCAUCGGAAAGGGUCUCAAGGGCGGCGUUAACGUUGUCGGCAAAGCUGGCCACACCCUUGUUGGAGGCGCCAAGAACAUCCAAAGGGGCGUCGAUGGGCAACUAGAGCACACUGGCGGAUUUGGCUUCAUACCAGGAGAAGCCAGAGGACCCGGAAGCCCGGUGCCUCCCCGACCUGUAACGCGCGGAUCCGAUCGGCCACAGAGGACAGUUCGUAUGGCAGGCGAUAUUAGAGAGGAGGCCAAGAAGACUUCGUUCGACAGCGAUUCAGGCUAUCAUGGCCAUUCCCCUACUGGCUCCAAAGACGAAGACCUUAUGGUGGCCGGCGGCACGCGCCCAGACUCGGCUCAGACGCGGGGCAACACGACAAGGAGAGCCAUGAACUUGGAUGGCAUGAUCGUCAAUGAGAAGAACUCUUGGUGGAAGUUUUGGAAGGCUCCGUCAGGCGGCUACGCCUCUCCCGUUCCCCAGGGACGUGAGGAAGACGAGUUUCCCCUGACCGGUUCUUCAUCGUCACAGAAGCAGAAUAGGAGUUUCUGGCAAAGGUUGCUUGUUUCGUUGCCCCUUAUUGGUGGGGAGGACAUUGCACCAGUCGAAUAUCCCGUGUCAGCAUCUGAAUUCGCCUACUCCAAAGAUCGCGAGGAGGGAGCUGAAUGGAGGAAGUGGCUCAAAGAAUCCAAGCGCCCUACCCAUCGUCUUGCCAACUUUGAUUGGACGCCCUCAUGGCUACCCGGGCUGCCUCUGAUCAACAAAAAGGUCGACACGAUCUACUGGGCUCGUGGCGAGCUCGCACGUCUCAACAUGGAGAUCGAGAUCGACCAGAAGCAUCCUGAGAGAUACCCAGUUAUGACCUCGGCUUUUAUUCAGUUCAACAACCAGGUGGCUGCCCAUAUGGCCUGCCAGAGUGUGACGCACCACGUUCCUAGGCAGAUGACGCCCCGUGUCGUCGAGGUCGCGCCGCAUGACGUUAUCUGGGAAAACAUGGCCAUUUCUUGGUGGUCUGAGUGGCUUCGAUUUGCCAUUGUCCUUGCACUCGUCUUCGGCAUGGUUAUCCUUUUCGCUUUCCCCGUCGUUUUCUCUUCUGGAGUCGCGCAACUCGACAACUUGGUCCAGAGUGUCCCUUUCUUGAGCUUUCUUACGCGCAACGAAAAGAUUUACAACUUUCUCCAGCUUGUGUCUGGAGUGCUGCCGACCGUCAUCUUGGCCGUCAUUUUGGCGGUCGUGCCCCUCAUUUUUAACUUUCUUGCAAAGCUCCAAGGUGCCAAGACGGGUGCACAGAGGUCCGAGUCUGUGCAGGUUUACUACUUCUCGUUCCUCUUUUUCCUCCUCUUCCUCGUUGUCAGCCUGUCAAACAGUGCCAUUUCUACGAUUACCAACUUUCUCAGCGCCAAAAAUGCCGUGGACAGUGUUGUAGGCAUUCCAGAUCUGUUGGCCAGGAACUUGCCCAAAUCAGCCAACUACUUCUUCGCCUACAUGAUACUGCAGGCUCUAUCUGUGAGCUCGGGAACACUGAUGCAAAUCGGCACUCUCAUCGUCUGGUACGUUCUCGGCAGACUCCUCGACAGCACUGCCCGGGCCAAAUGGAAGCGGCAGACUGAGCUCCCCAGCGUCAACUGGGGUACUUUCUUCCCUGUAUACACCAACUUCGCCUGCAUUGCAUUGAUUUACUCGAUUGUGGCUCCCAUCAUCUCGAUCUUUGCCAUCAUCACCUUCAGCCUCCUUUGGCUCGCUCACCGCUAUAACAUGUUCUACGUCCUGCGCUUCCAGACAGAUACCGGUGGCGUUCUGUUUCCAAGGGCUGUCAACCAGCUCUUCACCGGUCUCUAUGUCAUGGAGCUCUGCCUGAUUGGCCUGUUUUUCUUGUCAACGGAUGAACGCGGAAACCUUGUUGGCUUCAGGCAGGCAAUUGUCAUGAUCGUGGCAAUGAUCAUCACCGUGGGCUAUCAGAUCCUACUCACCAAGUCAUUUUCACCUUUGUUUAGGUACCUGCCCAUUACCUUUGAGGAUGAGGCGGUUCUGAGAGAUGAAGCCUUUCAAAGGGCCCAGGAUCGUCGUCUCGGUCUUGUUAAUGACGAUCCGGAGGACGAUGAUGUUGACGAGGCCGGUAUGCUUCGUGGGGACUCCCCCAUGGCGACCAGAGAGGAGAUAGAGAUGAGAAAACUGUCUGCCAAGCGGCGAUCAGCUACGGGCAGUGCCGCUAGCUCCAAACUGGGCAUGCUCAACCCUGUCAUGGGAAUACGGCAUGCAGGGAGUUGGGCCGUCCGGACCGGCAAACAGAUUGAACACGCCACCUUAGGCAAGGCGGAAAAGAAUUUCAAGACUGCAGCCCAGUACCGCAAAGAACGUCGUAUGAAGGACCUCGAGGCGCAGCGUGCUAUAGGGGAUGCGCUGUACGGAGGCUUCCACGACGAAAUCGAGGACCUGACGCCGGAUGAGAGAGACGUGCUCGUCCGCGAGGCGUUCAAGCACGAGGCACUGCGUUCGCGCCGUCGGGCGGUCUGGAUCCCGCAGGACGAGAUCGGAGUGUCCGACGACGAGAUCUACCGCACGCAGUCCUUCAGCGAAUACAUCUGGAUCAGUAACGAGGGCACAGCGCUUGAUAGCAAAGUCCGCGUCAUCUAUGGGCGGGCGCCUCCUGACUUCUCCGAGAUGGAUCUCAUCAACCUUUGA